UCUCUACCAAAAAAUUCGUCUUUUUGAGACAUAGUCUUGCUCUGUCUCUCAAGCUGGAGGGCAGUGGCAGGAUCGUGGCUCACUGGAGCCUUGACCUUCCUGGCUUAUGCGACUCUCUCAUCUCAGCCUCCCUGGUAGCUGGGACUGCAGGUGUGCACCACCACAGCCAGCUAAUUGUUUUUAUUUUUAUUUUUUGUAGAGACAGGAUCUCACUGUGUUGUGCAGGCUGGUCUCAAACUCCUGGCCUCGAGCAGUCCUCACACCUCAGCCUCCCAGAGUGCUGGGAUUAUAGGCAUGAGCCACUGUGUACAGAGAUUCUGGGUCCCUUCUUCCAGCGCCUGCCUCGAAGUCCUCUCUGGAGAGAGCACAGAUGUCCACGCGUGUUCCAGCACAAGGGGGGCAUGCAACAGCUCAGGGUCACGUCCACUUCCGGAGCUGGGUGCCCGGGCCUCGGGCUCCCUGAGAAAGGGCGGACACACCCACCCCGCACCCAGAGGGGCAGGGGCCCUGACACCUGUCCAAGCCCUAAUAGAGUCAUUGUUAAACACUCUGGGUUCAAACCCCAGAACUUGAUUCUUUCCUUGUUCUGUCCUCAGAGGACGGCAGCACCCAGGCCUCAGCUUUCCCACCUGGUAAAUGGGAAUAAGGGCCCCUCAGAGAUGCCCCACAAAGAAAGACGAUUCCACCUCCCUGCAGGCAUCGCAUCCACUCACGGGCAUCGCAUCCACUCAAGGGCACCGGCCUCUGUCUCUACUGUGGCCGGCAGGGGGCAGCGCCCACCACAGCACGGCCUGCUGGGCAGCGUGGACCCGGGCGGUCAUCCCCAGGCCCCCAGCCCCGCGGUGACCACAGGCGUCAGAUUCCAUCCCUUCCUCCGCACUCCAGGCCUUGUCUGUCCCUCAUCCCCCUUCCUUCCCAUGCAUCCUGCCCACAGCAGCCAGGAAGUGAUGGCUUCUAGGAAUGGGCAAUACAGCCCCAAACCUCCAGCCAAGGACACCGAAGCCUGGACAGGAGAAAAGACUAGUCCACGUCCCCACGACGGUCACCCUCAGCCCUGCACCAUGGCCGCUUCUGGGACUGGUUCCACGCAGGCCUCCGCCCCCUGCAAGCCCUUCCCCAGCCCUCCAGGCCCGUGUGCGGCCCAAACCCUGUACCAGAUCUCUUAGCCCUCUUCCACAGAUGCACGCACUAAGGCCCACCCUGGGUAGUGGAGCUUGAAAUUGAAAGGCAGCAAGCCCCUUCGCACCUCCCAGCCCCAGGUUCCCCC